AUGAAGUGCGAACAUCUACAGAAAACCGGCAGUUUCAAGGCACGUGGAGCUCUGAACGCGAUUCAGAAGAUGAAGGAUGAAGGGACAGUGAAGGGAGUGGUCACACACUCGUCUGGCAACCAUGGUCAAGGGCUAGCAUGGGCGGCUUCUGAGUCCAACCUGCCUUGUUGUGUAGCUGUACCGCGUAAUGCUCCUCCUUCGAAAAUUGAAGCAAUGAAGAGCUAUGGAGCACGGCUGGAGCUUUGUGAGCCAACACAUAAAAGCAGGGAAGAGACGUGUGCGCGUUUGGCCAAAGAUCUCGGCUAUCGGGUUGUUGAGCCAUUUGACGAUCCAAAUGUGAUUUGUGGGCAAGGUACCAUUGGAGCUGAAAUCAUUGAGCAAGUGCCCACUGCCGAUGCUGUCUUUCUAGCUGUUGGUGGUGGCGGAUUGGCAAGUGGUGUGACCGCGUAUAUCACGGAAAUUCGGCCAGAUAUCAAAGUGUUCCUUGUGGAGCCAGUAGGGAAAGAUCUGGCUGCUUACCUUAAAAACGGAAAACUCACCACUGAAAGAGAUGUACUCGAUACAAUAGCUGAUGGAAUAAGAGUGCUAAAAGUAGGCGAAAAUUGCUAUCCAAUACUCAAAGGAGCCUGCUCUGAUAGGAUCAUUACUGUGACAGACAAGGAGAUUCGGGCCGCUUUGAAGCUCAUCUGGGCACGAACUAAGCAACGUGUUGAACCAUCUGCAGCAGUGCCAUUGGCAGGACUUCUGAAGGUCUCUCCGGCCGAGCUCGGUAUAAAAAAUGCGGUGCUGAUCCUUUGUGGGGGGAACGUGGAUCUUGAUUUCAUUCCGUGA